AUGAGAAAAAUCCAUUGUUUUUUCCACUCAAAAACCAAGCGUUCUUCACAGGAAUUUCUAAGCGUGUUCACAUCAGGAGGACUUGCUCCCAGCCUGGAAAUCAUAAAUAGUACAUAUACUGGCAUCUUCCACUUUAAUUUAACUUUGUACAGUGAUCAAGCUAACUGGCUGAUUAUUAUUCCCAGAGAAAACAUUACAAAAAAUACAGAGGUCGCAGCCAUAGAGGAGUGGUUAGUGAGAAUCAAUUUACAGCACGGACUAAACAUUUACACCACCGAAGGGACACUGUUGGAUACUGUCCGAGAACCUAUUCUUCAGUGGAAACUUGGGUCUCAGCUAACCAAAGCGAACCUCAUUAAACUGUACCCACACGUGGUGGGCCUGAAGGCAACCAAGUGCCCUUGCGCCAACGACGUAGCGUUGCUCGGCUUCAUUCUGAACUCGGCAGGUAACGGUGUUUACAUAGGCCUCAGCUUUUCCGGAUUUUGGAAGUAUGAUGACACCGUGUGGUACAACCUGACUGAUAUGAUCUAUUCCCAGGUUGGAGAAGGACACAUGGAGCUCUCAGUGGUGGAUAUGGUUUUAACAAAUCAUUUCUUUGUUAUCCUCACAUCUUUGGGACUUUUUAUAAGUCAUGAUCUUCGUUCUGCAUACAGCCCUCUCCUGAAGUUUUCAAGGGCAGACUUUUGUGGUUUCGAAAGGAGAGACUACGUCAAAGGAAAAUUGUGGUAUAACGAACGAUGUUUUGCUAACACAGAACUACACGAAGUUGACUAUGUGACUGUCACCUUUGAGAGGAACAGGACCUUAAGUGAGGAAAGCUCUUGUUUUUAUAGCCCAGCGCCGUUUUUUGAUUGGCUACCUUGCUUACCUCCUCUUUCAAAACAAACGAAAUCUAUAGCUUCAACCGUCAUAACAUUUCUCGUGGACCAAGAACACAGUACUGGAGUCUACCUCUUACACAACAACCAGGUAAAAACAACCGUAGUCUCCGUCCACCACCUAAAACAGAACAAACCAAAACUGAAACCAAAAUUUCCACCUUUCAUGUUCCCUUCAUCAUUCUCUUCACCUGUUGGAAUAGUAUUCCACCCACGAAGCCAUUUUCUCUAUGCCUAUGGGAAUCAGGUAUGGCUGUCCAUCGACGGCGGCAACACUUUUGAAUUACUGGCUGACUUUCACGAUGAUGUCAUAAAGAGCACCUACCACAGCUUCUACACUUCCGAUAUCAUUUUCCUUUCCCAAAGUGGGAAGGCUCACUUCACGAAGGCAGGACUAGAAACAUACAGUGACAUUGGAUCUAUUACUGACAACAUUUUCACGCUGUACUAUGACCACAUGGGAUUCAUACAUAAACUGACUCCAGAAAAGUUUGUAGCCGGUGGGCCACACGCUGCCCUUGGAAAUUCUCAACUUAUUUUUGGCCAGGCUCCUGAUAUGGGCUUCAGGACUGCCCUGGCCCCACAGUACAUCACCACAAACGAAAUGAUCUUCUAUGCCUACGUGCCCCCGAGUGAGCCGCAGGAGACCAUAUAUACCAAGACAUUCAACAACAUUCACUCUGGAAAAGUGAUACAAUCCAGGAAUACUGGAAAGGCUUACAUAAGAGAGAUAUUGCAAAGUCACAAAUCGGCAGAAUUUUUGUCUGCAGUUAUUGCAGAAGUAAUAGAACCUUUUGGAAUACAAGAUGUGACUCAAAGUCCCUGUUUGUCUAGUACCCUUUCCAUCGCUCCGGAACAAGAUUCCUUCAAACUUACUCUUCAACAACCAAGUGUGGUCUCCUUAUUUCAAGCUUCGGAUAUAGAGAAGACGGUGGUGAUUCCUGGUUACAGCAGCUUCCUUAUCAUAAGCAUCGUGGAUGAUCAGAACGCAUUGGCUAAGGCAACCAUGCCUAGACUGGUACCCACUGAUAUGACUUUCGUGAAAGACUCCUGGUUCCUGUACGACUUUGGGCAAAAGAAUGGACAGACAUGGGAAAUACAUGCGAAACCAUGUAAUUAUUGGUUUCAGCAACAUGAUGAUUCACUAUCCCUCAGUGUCCUGAAAUACAUUGAUCUGGGGAAAUCUUACGCUUUACAAGUGAAGGUCAUGCCUCAUGGAAAAGGUACUCAAAUAAUUGGACUACCACUAGUGAAAAUAAUUGUUGGAAACCCAACUGUGUUGCAAGUUAAAGUUGAAGGCUCUUUUGAUGAUGCUGAUAAUUACUUGAUGAAAAUUUCUGUAGCCAGCCAAUAUAUGCUGCAAGGAACCACUUCACUGGCAUUUAUCAUCGGGGAAGCGUCGACUGACUGCUUUGUCACGACGUUCGUGCCGAUCCUGAAGAGCAGCUGUAGCUACCUCAAGUCCAUGCACCACAACCCCAGCAAAGUCAUCCCGCUGGAAGACUGGCUCAGUGGGGUUCACAAAGACAGCCAGGGUUUUAACAUGAUCAAAACGUUACCGAUAAACUACAGGCCUCCAUCUAACAUGGGAAUUGCCAUUCCGCUCACAGAUAAUUUUUACCACGCAGAUCCUAGCAAGCCCAUCCCCAGAAAUCUAUUUCUCAAGUCAAAGAAGUCUGGGAAAUUCAAACAGUGUGCUAAUGUGUCCACUCGGGAGGAGUGCAAUUGCACGCUCGAUCAGAAGUUUUCCCAUGCUGUUGCCUUCUCAGACUGCAGAGAAAAGGUCCCUCGUUUUAAGUUUCCAGUCACACACUAUCCAGUUUCUUUGGCAAUUCACAGCGAGGACGGACGUGCCCCAGUGAAAACUCCGUAUCUGGUCACCGUGACGGAAGUGAAUGAGAGGGAAAACUGGGAACUCAAACACACCGUACCAGAAAAUGUUAAAAAACUGAAAAAUCACUUAGAAUCUAUUCUUAAAGUUCCAGUGUAUAAUCCUUCAGGCCUCAACUUAAGCAUAAGGGGCUCUGAGCUCUUUCACUUCAGAGUGUCCGUUGUUCCGGGAGUCACUUUUUGUGAGCUAGUGGAAGAAUUUGAGAUUUACGUUGACGAGGUGCCACUGCCGUUCCCAGGACACACACUUAUUGCCAUCGCCACUGCUGUGGUGCUGGGGGGAAUGAUUUUCAUAGUGUUUAUGCUCCAAAUACGUAACAUCCACCCAUGGGAUAAGUGCAAAACAUUCCUUAAAAGAAGCAAAAUGAACUAACUUAUCAGGUACCAGCGUCAGCCAUCUGGCUCAUCGGUGAAAAUCGGAAUUGUGAACACAAGAUUAUCCCGAUUUUCUCUUUAUUCCCUAGUUUUAUUAGACGAUUCCUAGAACCAUAUACUUCAAUGUUAAUAUAAAAUCUAUACAAAAUACGACAGCAUUGCCAUGAUAACUCAAAUCGCUAUUUGUCAAUAUGUUUCCUAUUCCAUGCUU